AUGGCAGGCAACCCCUUUCGUCGAACACCCUCAAGCCGCCUUGAGGAUGAAGCUCAGGCCGCAGAGCCGGCGCCUGCAGUGACUAGCAAGCGAUCGAAGAAGAAGAAACGAGUCAAGAUUGUGUCUCCCCCGCUCUCUCCCGAACCGCCUCGACGACUAUCUGCAGGCCGUUUGUCGCCUCCUCCGCCUCCGCAAACUACCGACAGCUCCGAAGAGACCGACUCCACGGCUACGGCGGACUCGGAUCUAGAGGAAGCGCUGCGAAACACCAGGCGGAACUCCGGUCCAUUGCCUCCUCCCCCUCCUGCAUCAGAAACGUCGAGCACAAAAGCGCCAUCGAACCCAUUUGCGCGAACAUUGGCCACGAGCGAGGCUGCAUAUGGCUUGUCACAGACAGGUGGCGAUGUAGAAAAGUCGAGACCACAGGACACUGAAGCUCAACGGCGAGCGAGCGCGGCCAGGGCGGCUCUCAAUGUGGAUGAGUUCAAGAACAUUCUUCUGACUGGAAGCGCCACGCCAUCGCCUCCUGUAUCCACCGCAUCGCAGGGGAAUGUCAGCGGUACGGAUGUGUCGACGUCUGGACAGUCUUUCUUCGACUCUUCCUAUGACCUGCGCACCCCUAGAAGUUCUGAUGAUCGAAUGGAUUCGUUGGAAUCCGCAUCUUCAGAUGAUGAUGACGACGACGAUGACGAGCAUUUCAACCCUGCGGACGAUAUGCCAUCCCCGGGCCACGCACCCUUAGCUUCUGGUGUACGAGCCGCCGCAAAAGGACCGCAAACCGUUUCAUUCGCGGACUUUGAUGAGUCCAUACCCGAUCCGAUUUCCAUACCGCCAGCCUCAAGACACGCCGCCGAUACGAUGACGCCAGCUGCUCUAGUCAGAUCCUCAAGUGAUCUUAACAAGCCGCUUCCGGAACCGCCACGGAAAGCGCCGGAAGACACUCUGGCACAGUCGAAGAAAGCUCCACCCCCUCCACCAACAUCACGACGAGCGGGGAUCAACCGCAGCUCCACCUACUCAGAGGAUAACCCGACACCACCACCAAAGCCCUCGCCAUCAGCCGAGAAGGCAGUCAUGUCUCCUCCACCGCCUCCACCAUCCCGAAGACCUCGAUCAAUAGACCAAUCCGAGACCCCAUCAAUCGAAUCCCCACCAAGGAACGACCUCCCACCCCUCUCCCCAACAAAUACCAAACCCAUGCCCCCACCACCCCCGCCAUCACGCAAAGACACCAAACGACCCAUCACCCCGGGCCGCUCCCUCACGCAAACCAGCAACCCCCGCCCUGAAAGCACCUCCGCUCCGCCCGCCCCCCCCCCCCGCCGAGGCAACCGCAACAGCAACGACGCAGGCCAGCCGAGCCCCUCCUCCCGUCCCGCAAGCCUGAACGAGCCAGGUAGGAGGCGAAGCAGCGUGCCGAGCUUCGAGUCUCACCGCCCGAUGUCCGUGUCGAGUUUGACGCAGACCGUGGAGGCUGAUGAGGGGGAGGGUAGUGCGGGUGCUGCGGCGGCGGAACAGCCUUCGCGGGAUAUUCUGGCGGAUAUGAGUGCUUUUCAGGCGGAGAUUGAUGCGCUUAUGGCGAGAACGGGGACAGGGUGA